AUGCCCGCACGCAACAACUAUCCCUCGAGAAAUAACAAACCUCGCCCUCACCAGUACUACACACAACAACAGCAGCAGAAGCAACAUCAACAGCACAACUUCAACCUCGACCCCAGCACCACUCGGCUCUCGACCCUCGACAACAUACCCACCGCCGCCGCCGCCGCCAUCGCUGCCUCGCAACACUACAGGGCUUCGACGCACUCGCAGACACACAACCCACCGACCGUGGGACAAAUCAGAGCCGGAGUCUGA